CCCAAUGAGGAAUAGGCGUGGUCUAACAGAGACCACGCCCACUUUACCAAAUAAGGAAAUGGGCGUGGCCCCGGCGCGACCACGCCCAAUAAUGGUCACACCCCCGCGUUUGGGCGGGAACUCGCCCCAAAUAAGGAAGUGGGCGGGGCUUGGGGUGGCCACGCCCCCCGGCCUGAGUCAUCCCCGCGCGCGGCCCCGGCGGAGCGAAGUGACCCCCCGGGCUCUCCCAGUGACCCCCGGGACCCCCCCGGGACUCCCGGGCCCCCCCAGCCAUGGAGAGUUUUCGGGGUCUCUCGGACCAGGAGCUGCUGGAGAAACUUCAGAGCCGCCGCGGGCCCCUGGAUGAUCCCGACAACGACCGAGCCCCCCCGGAAUUUGGGGAGGGGGCGCGAGCCCGGCAAACUAUUGGGGAGCCCGGCCCCUCCCCCACCCUGAGGGAGCACGCGGACAGCCCCCUGCGUUUGGAGCCCCGGCAGCCUCUCCGAGCCCCUCCCCCCACCGGGGGACCCCCACCCUGGAGCCCCCCGGGACCCCCAGAGCCCCUCCCGGGCCCCCCCGGGCGCCUCCUCCCCCUCAGACCCCAACUGGUGGCGCUGGGGGUGAUCGGGGGGGUCCUGCUGGGGCUGCUGCUGCUGGGGGGGGGGCCCGGGCUGACCCCCCCCACCCCAAAAUCCAUCCGGGACCCCCCCCCCUCAAAAAAUUCUCGAGUUUUGGGAACCCCAAAAUCCUCCCUGUAACCACCCAAGACGUUCAAAUUUCCCUCCCCCUUCCCAAAAUCUCCUUGGGAUCCUCCCCAGGAAGCCCAAAAUUCCCUUGGGAACCCCCCAGGAGCCCCGAAAUUCCCUCUGGAUACCCCUCAGGACCCCCAAAAUCUUCUUCGGGACCCCCGCCCCCUCAGGGACCCUCCAUUUUCCACCUGGGGACCCCCAAAAAUCCCUUGGAACGCCGCCCGGGACACCAAAACUCACUUGGGACCCCCGAAAUCCUCUCGGGAUCACCGCCAGACUCCAAAAUCCCCUUGUGUCCCCCUCCAGGACCCCCCAGACCCCUCACAAACCUCCCCAAAUUCGGGGGGUCCCGGCCCCCCUCAAUAAACGCAUUCAACGCC